CACCGAUGCAUAGGAUCGAGCGGAGCAGCUUACACUGUCACUCCGGUGAGAAGCCCCUCUCUCGCAAUGCCGUUGCUGCCUUCAGUAGGCGGGGCCCGCUCGGGGGAUUUGACCCAAUUUAAGAAUCGCACUAGCGUCCUUUUUGCCCCGUGAGUCGACAUUGCCAGGCCUGCAUCCCGGUCAGUUCUCGGGACAGAUUCGGACGACAUGGUCUCUCGCAGGAGCCUCAUAUAAGGUCUCGAUGUAAGCUUUCAUGUCAUCUCCAGAACACCAUGCUCUUCCUCCUCGCCCUUCUCGCGCCGCUCGUGAGCGCAGCUCCUACUAAACGCUGGGAAUGUGCAUCCACGAAUAACUCGCAAUGCUCCCUCGCUUCUCUUGCAGAGCGAUCUGGCAAGCUGUACUUUGGAACGGCUUACCAGUCGUUCUAUAUGGCGGCAGAGGGUUUCACGCCGGUCUUGGACUCUGAGUUUGACCAAUACACUCCCGAAAAUGAGAUGAAAUGGUCUGUCAUUCAACCUGAGCCCAAUGUCUUCAACUGGACCGGAAGCGAUCUCAUCAUUGCCCAUGCGAAAAAGACGGGAUCUAUCGUGCGAGGACACAACUUUUGUUGGGAUUCGCAAACCCCCGGAUACGUGACCAACAUCACCGACCCUGACGAGCUCAAGUCUGUCUUGAAGAGCCACAUAGACGCCGUACUGGGUCGUUACGGGAACGAUCUGUAUGCAUUCGACGUAAUCAACGAGCCACUGAACGACAACGGCACGUUCAAGUCAAACGUGUGGUACAAUGUCUUGGGCGAAGACUAUCUCGGCAUUGCGCUCGACUAUGCUCAUGCUGCCGCCCCCAAUCUCAACCUUUACAUCAACGACUACAACAUUGAAAGCGUCAACAAUAAAUCCCAAGCCAUGGCCAAAGUCGCUCAAGGCCUCCUUGCUGCUGGCAAGCCACUCAACGGAAUUGGCUUUGAAUCUCACUUUAUCGGCGGCGAGACACCCGACGACAUCGCGGAGUCCAUGAAGCAGUUCACAGAUCUCGGCCUCGACGUCGCAAUUACCGAACUCGAUGUCCGGGUUCCGGUGAACAACAUGGGCAUUGCAAAUUCUACAUGGCUCGAGAUUCAGGCAAAGGACUAUGCUCAAGUCGUGUCCGUCUGUCUCAACAACACAAAGUGCCCGGGAGUCACAGUCUGGGGCUUUGCAGACUACUUCUCCUGGAUUCCCGGCGUCUUCGCAGGAUACGGUGCGGCAGAUCUGUACGGAUUCACUUACCAGCCCAAACCUGCGUUUUACGCGGUGCAGGACACGUUGUAAAAAGGCGAUUUGGCCGGAGACACAGGUAUUGAGGUUUACAAACGUUAAUAAUAGGAUCCAGAGUGCACAUGGAUCUCGUUCCUAUGCUUCAAUUUGAGAUUCAGCGUGGUGAAGAGGGGAAUUUAGCCCAUUUAUAAAUAAGCGAAGCAUAGGGGGGGAGCGAAAUGUGCGGACCUCACCAUUUUGACAAACCCUAUUCCCGUCCAGUUCAAUGUGU